UGCAAUUGGCUGCAAUAGUUUAUGAGGUGACAUUGAGCAAGUUUUACUAUGGGACCACGAAUCGAUUGAUCUUAGAUAAUUAUGUAUACUGUGGCUGCAAAGGAACAAUCAGCACGAAGACACGGCCUUGGCGUCAGUCCGAAGGGAUCGGCCUGCAGCCCAGGGGCGUUUUACAUGGGACCUGAUUGCCAGAGGUGCUUCUGUCAAGCCAACAAGGUCAAGAUAUGUUCGAGCCCUCUUACGUGCAAGACUGACGAUGAAAAACCCUCAAUAUACGAUCAAAUCCGCGUCUUCAAUCCAUUUAAACUAUCCGAGCUCCAUAAUGUCGACACUGCAGCAAAAUGCAAGCCCGGAGCAGUUUACCGAUCAGACUGUAAGAAAUGCCUCUGCACCGAAUCCGGGAGUCUGCUGUGUGAGAAACAGUUGUGCCCGAACUAUGAGGUUACUUAUAAGCAUCAAGCUGAGGAAAUAAAUGGGAAACCUUGUAAAGAGGGUGACAAAAUGAAACAAGAAUGCAUGGAGUGUUUUUGUCGAAACAGCACAUUUGCCUGUGACGUCAAGAAAAACUGUUUAGCUUCAAUUCAGACACUAGGAUCUAAGAAGAAGAAAUGUAUUCCGGGUCAGAAGUUUCCCAAUCUCCCAAACAGGCCACCUUGUAAAUGUACGGCCGAGGGUGAACGUGUCUGUUCCUCUUCGCUAGUUCUUCUCGGAGAACCGGAUAAGCGUGUACUGCCGUUUCGCAAAGAGUUCUUGGACGCUAAAAGUGGGAAGAAAUGUAGGCGUGGUGUGACCUAUAUAAAAGGUUGCAACAAAUGCAUAUGUUCAGAGAAACGUCUUCUCCGCUGCACAUCGAAGACAUGUGUGCGUCACGACGAGAUAUUAAGCCUUUUCCGGAGGACCCGUCUUCCUGGCCGUCUUCGCCUGCCUCGUCGAGAAAAGACGGUUCGGCCGCCAAACCCAGCUGAAAGGCUGACGAAGGAAAGUUCUUCGGGCUCAAGUGCCAAGGACUCUGAGGAGCAAUCUGGAACUAACAAGCUUCGACCUCACCGUCUAGGAAAAACAGUUCUUCCACGAACAUACACUGAAGAACGUACACGUACGCCAUUCUUUGACGAAAACUUCUUCGACUCAAGCGAGGAAAUCGGAGAUAGAACUGAGACAAACAGGCCUCACAGGCCUCGACUUCUAGAGAAAACCGUCCGUCCGAAAAUUGCCUCAAGUGCGGAGGAAUCGCAGAGUGAGACAAAAAGGCCCCGACUCCUGGAAAAAACAGUUCGUCCGAUGAUAGAUUCGAGUGCCGAUAAAACAAAUGAUGAAAUUGGAAGUAAGCCUUCUAGGCCUCAUCGGCUUCGAGAAAAAACGGUUCGUCCUCAACUUGGCUCAAGUGCAGAGGAUGCAACUAGUUCGAAAAAUCCUAGCAAGCCUCAUCAACUCCUAGGGGAAACGGUGCGUCUGAUAAUAAGUUCGAGUGCCGAGGAAUCAAAAGAUGUAACUAGAAAUAGAUCUCGCGGUCCUCAUCGACUUCGAGAGAAAACAGUUCGCCCUCCACUUGGCCCAAGUGCAGAGAAAGAAACUGGGAUGAAAAACCCUCGCAAGCCUAACCGACUUUUAGAAAAAACGGUUAAACCGAUGAUAGCUUCAAGUGCUGAGGAAUCACAAGAUGAAACUAGAAAUAAGCCUCGCGGUCCUCAUCGACUUCGAGAAAAAACGGUUCGUCCUCAACUUGGCUCAAGUGUAGAGGAUGAAACUGGGAUGAAAAACCCUCGCAAGCCUCACCGACUUCAGGAAAAAACUGUUCGUCCGAUAAUAAGUUCGAGUGCCGAGGAAUCAGAAGAUGAAACUAGAAAUAGGCCCCGCGGUCCUCAUCGACUUCGAGAAAAAACAGUUCGCCCUCAACUUGGCUCAAGUGCAGAGGAUGAAACUGGGAUGAAAAACCCUCGCAAGCCUCACCGACUUCAGGAAAAAACUGUUCGUCCGAUAAUAAGUUCGAGUGCCGAGGAAUCAGAAGAUGAAACUAGAAAUAGGCCCCGCGGUCCUCAUCGACUUCGAGAGAAAACGGUUCGUCCUCAACUUGGCUCAAGUGUAGAGGAUGAAACUGGGAUGAAAAACCCUCGCACGCCUCUCCGACUUUUAGAAAAAACAGUUCGUCCCAUAGUAGCUUCGAAUGAUGAGGAAUCCCAUGAAGUAACUAGAAGUAGGUUUCGCGGUCCUCAUCGACUUCGAGAAAAAACCGUUCGGCCACGAAAAUUAACUCAUAAGGCCAAAGAAUUUGACGAAUCAUUUUUGAAUGGCAAGAAGUGUGAGCCUGGCGUAGUAUAUAGGAGAGAAUGCAACAAAUGCACUUGCACUGAAGAGAGACACCUCCAAUGCACAUCCAUGGGUUGUCCCAAUAAAUCAUCGAAUAUAAAACUGACACAUGCACUGCCUAAACACGAAUAAAGAUGAAUAAAGAGAGAAAUAGG